GUCAUGGAGACUCCAGGUCCAGGUCGACUGUUUGAAGGCCUUGCAUCCAUCUCCGCCGGGCUCGCUCGCGAGAUCCGUUUGCUCAAAGAUUGGCCCGGAUCGACCCAUGGAAGAGGUGAGCUGGGGAGAUAACAAGGAUGGAGACCUGGGAGCAAUGCCGUCCUGCAAGGACGAUGAGAAGCUGUCCUACCGACGCUUGCGGCUUCUGGGUCAAGGCUCCUUCGGAAAGGCGUUUUUAGCGCGAGACCUCUCGAACAACGAGCUCGUGGUCAUGAAGCAGGUGCGGGUGGAGAAGAUGGACGCCAAGGCCCGUGACACCGCGGUGCGGGAGGCCGUGGCGCUGCGCAAGGUGCGCCACCCCAACGUGGUGCGCUUCCGACAGGUCUUUGUUCGCUCCGGUUGGCUAUGCCUAAUCAUGGACUUCGCGGACGGCGGGGACUUGUGCGCCGCGGUGAAGGACCGCGCCAAGAGCGGGCAGCCCUUCGAGGAGUCCGCGGUCUUGGAGUGCUUCUCCCAGGUGGCUGACGCCGUGCGCUACGUGCACGCACACAAGAUGGUCCACCGAGACAUCAAGUCCCGGAACGUCUUCCUGUGCCGUACGGGGCAAGCGCUGCUCGGGGACUUCGGCCUGGUGCGAUUGCUCGAGUCCACCCUCGAGCUGGCCCACACCCGGGUGGGCACUCCCUACUAUCUCAGCCCAGAGAUCAUUAGGAAGCAGCCCUACAACUACAAAACCGAUGUCUGGAGUUUGGGGGUCCUCCUCUACGAGAUGGCAGCUUUAAAGCGGCCCUUCAUGGGCACGCUGGAGACUCUGCCAAAGAUCAUCCUGAAAGGCGACUACGAGCCGCUGGGGGGCCACUUCUCCCCGGCGCUGCAUGGCCUCGUGGCGCGGUUGCUGGCGCUGGAUCCCAACCAGCGCCCGCCCCUCGCGGAACUGCUCCAGGAGGAGGUCCUGGCGGCGCCUUUGCGGCGGUCGCGGGAGGCUCUGGGUCUGCAGGCGCCGGACGAGGCGCCUCGGCCGCCGGCGCCGGGCGCGCCGGGCGCGCCCCCGCCGCCGCCGCCGCCGCGGGUGCGGAAGGAGAUCCAGGAGCUGUCGAACGCAGAGUCCGAGUGGAUGGGUUUUAAUACAAUGAUAAGGAGAAAAGAAGAUGGGCCCAUCGUCCCAGAGGCGAAGGGCAUCGUGGACCUGGCCGCGGCCAAGGCGCCGGUGGCCGUAGGCACUGGAGGUCCGGAGAGCUGGAGCCUGGCGCCGGCGCCGGGGGAAGACUCCGGUGAGGAGCUGGGCUCUGCCUCAGACGACUCCUGGGGCUCGGUGGUGGACACCGGGAACGACGCCUUGCAGCAGGUCAUGUCCUCCCCGUGAGACAGCACUGCCUCGCGGGGGAAAAAGGAAUGAGCUCCGCAGCGGCGAUGAUCGCGGCGUCCAUGGGAACCCCACCGCUAACCUUCCA